AUGCUACUUCAACUAUUUCUAUUUUUCUUGUUUUCUCAAAAAGCCUUUGCUCAAUUCAAAAUUCAAAGUGUUGAGACUCCAUCGACUUAUUAUGAAUACAUUAAUGUAAGUUAAAGCUCCAACUUUUAUCUGAACAUAGUUUAUUUGAAGUCAGAAGAAAUGAACAUGGGAAAUGUGUCAAGAUACGAACCAACAACAUGUGGACCUGUUGAGCAAGAAAAGUAAGAUUUGAAAGUAGUUUGCAGACUAAAUCACAAUAAAUUCUAGAGUGAAAGAGUGCGCUGAUCCGUUGUACAAAAUGGGCGCAAUUUCUGAAAAUUCGCAUCAUUUGGGAUGGGAAGGAUUCAUGUUCAAAACCAAAGCGUAUUUUGCUGAAGUUUGUCAGUAAGUCGAAUGUCUUUAUAAACUUGGAAAUUUUUGGGAAAAAAUGUUUUGAUUUCAGGAAUUUCUUCCUCUUUGAUGUUUGUAUUGAACCAUACAAAGAUGUUUGUUUUGCUGCUGACAGUGCUAGAAACAACUACGAUGUUGCAAUUCGAAUUCUCGAUUUUCUGUGUCGUGAUGGUUAUGGUGAAAUGGUUCGAAACUUUGAAUGCUUCACCAAAACUCUCACAAGAUCUGAAAUGAUGCAAUGUCAAGCCGAACUUGUUUCAGAUACUCGAAAAGUUUCAGAAACUCACACUGAAAUGAGUGGAACAAAUGAUGCAGCGGUUUGCGGGUGAGAAAACAUCUUCUAAAAAUGUAUUCAAUUUUAUUGAUUGUAGAGCGAUGAGAAACUACAUUGAUUGUGUCAAAUACCCAAUUCGAUAUGAAUGUGGUUAUAGAGCAUGGCAACUUGUUCGAGAAAUGAUCACACGACCAACUAAAGCGUUGCUUCCGACUUGCCGCUUGAAUUCUGCAUACUUUAAUUUUUCUUUUGUUACUAUUUUGGUUACUCUAAUCCUCGGGAAAAUCAUUCAUUAA